UCUCUCCUCCUUUCGCUCGCUGGAGCUGCCCGGGCGGGCUGGAGGGGGGGCGCCAGGCGGUGGCCGACCGGCCGGGAGGGAGGGAUGCCGGGGCCGGGGAGCGGGAUCCCCUUGGGGGGCUGGCAACGUCCCUGAAGGGGCCAAGCUCUGGGCAGCAUCUGCAUCCCUCCCUGCAUCAUCAGCAGCAGCAGCGCCUCCUCCGCCUGCUGCAAAAGCAGGACCAGGGGCUGAUCUCCCCUCACCACUUCCUGUUCCUUUCUGAGGCGUCCCCGGAGGGGCCCUCCCCACCCUAAAACCUUGAAAUGAUGACAGAUGCUAAGCGGAUGCCGACCAUCAAUCUAUAUUGCAACCGACGAAGCUCGGCCUCACGUAAGUCGACGACGCCAAAAUCCUCGAGCAGCCCAGCGGUCAAAUAGAUGCUGAACGAACGCGAGAGGUUGCUGGAGACGCUGCGCGACACGCAGGAAAGCUUGGCGACCUCGCAGCUCCGCCUGCGGGAGCUGGGCCACGAAAAGGAGUCUCUCCAGCGCCAGCUGAACAUCGCCCUGCCUCAGGAAUUCGCUGCACUGACGAAGGAGUUGAACUUGUGCCGGGAGCAGCUGUCCGAGCGCGAGGAGGAGAUCUCCGAACUGAAGGCCGAACGCAACAAUACACGGCUACUUCUAGAACAUCUGGAAUGCCUGGUGUCUCGACACGAACGCUCCCUCCGCAUGACGGUGGUGAAGCGCCAGGCCCAGUCACCCGCUGGUGUCUCCAGUGAAGUCGAAGUCCUGAAAGCCCUCAAGUCUCUCUUUGAACAUCACAAAGCCCUGGAUGAGAAGGUUCGAGAGCGGCUGCGCGUGGCGUUGGAGCGGGUUGCUGUAUUGGAGGAGGAGUUGGAAAUGUCCAAUCAGGAGUCCCUGACCCUUCGAGAACAGCUUGCCCGACGUCGAUCUGGCCUAGAUGACCCUAGCAAAGACGGAGAUGCCCAGAUUUGUGCCAACGGAUCAGGCUCCCUCGACUUGGGGCGCGGUGGUCGUGAGUCGGAGCUCGAGGAGGUCCUGGAACGCCAGCGAGGAGAGCUAUCCCAGCUGAAGGAGCGGCUGACCAUGCUGUGCCGGCAGAUGGCUGAGCUGGAGGAAGAGCUCGCGACAGCCCAGCGGGACGUCAUCAAGUCCGAGGAGAUUAACGCCAAACUGCAGCGAGACCUCAAGGAGGCGCUAGCCCAGAGGGAGGACAUGGAGGAACGGAUCACCACGCUGGAGAAACGCUAUCUGAGUGCACAGCGGGAGGCGACGUCUCUGCACGAUGUCAACGACAAACUGGAGAAUGAGCUGGCCAGUAAGGAAUCCCUUUACAGACAGAGCGAAGAGAAGAACCGGCAGCUGCAAGACUGGUUGGAAGAUGCCAAACAGAAGCUCCAGCAGACGCUGCAGAAGGCUGAGACCUUGCCGGAAAUCGAGGCCCAGCUGGCCCAGCGAGUGGCCGCUCUCAACAAGGCAGAGGAGCGCCACGGGAAUUUCGAAGAACGCCUGCGUCAACUUGAGGCCCAGUUGGAAGAGAAAAAUCAAGAACUCCAGCGGGCACGCCAGAGGGAGAAAAUGAACGACGAACACAACAAACGCCUCUCGGAGACAGUGGACAAACUGCUGUCCGAAUCAAACGAGCGCCUCCAGUUGCAUCUCAAGGAACGAAUGGGGGCCCUGGAGGAGAAGAACACGUUGAGUGAGGAAAUCGCCAACAUGAAAAAACUCCAGGACGAACUGCUGGCAAACAAGGAACAAUUGCUGGCCGAGAUUGAGAGGAUGCAGAUGGAAAUUGACCAGCUCCGUGGACGGCCGGUCUCCGCCUACUCUCGGUCUCUGCCGGGCAGCGUGCUGGAGCUGCGUUACUGCCAAGCGCCGACGCUGCCCGUGGGGGCCCACGUGGACCGUUAUAGCAGUGCUGGUGUGGCAAGACAUUCAAAGAAAGGUCGCUGGUCUGUCAAGGAUGAGGCCACCAAGGUGGAUCCUUCUCAGGAGUGGGAACGGGCCCAGCAGGCAGCUGGAGGCCCUUUUGAGGGCGGGUUGGACGGCUCGGAUGAAGAUGAGCGAGACCCUCUGUUCAGCUCAGCCGACCUGUUGUCUCCCAGUGGGCAGGCUGACGUGCAAACCCUGGCCAUUAUGCUACAGGAGCAACUGGAAGCCAUCAACAAGGAAAUCAAAUUGAUCCAGGAAGAAAAGGAAUCCACAGAGCAGCGGGCAGAGGAGAUAGAAAGCCGGGUGACGAGCGCCAGCUUGGAUGGUUCCUUGGGCCGCUACCGCUCGGGCACUUCCAUUCCCCCCUCAGUCACCAGCUCCACUCUGGCCAGCCCCUCUCCUCCCAGCAGUGGCCAUUCUACGCCCCGCCUGGCCCCCCACAGUCCUGCUCGUGAUGGAGAAAAAAUGCAGAACCAUGUUGUCAAGGAAGACGGGCGAGGGUCUGAGGAAAAGGCCCUGGCACUGUGCGAGCCCCCGGCUCCUUCGACCCCUCGCACAAUGCGUUUGGAGCGCAUGACUCAAGCUUUAGCCUUACAGGCUGGAUCGCUGGACGAUGGGCGGGAGCUCAGGACCAGCAUGGGGUCUGAACUCACCAACAGCAGCCAGGAUUCUUUGCACAAAUCCACCAAGAAGAAAAGCAUCAAGUCCUCCAUUGGGCGCCUCUUUGGCAAGAAGGAGAAAGGCAGGCUGGGACAGUUGGGCCGUGAGUCCCCUUCUCUUGCUGGAACACCAUCGGAUGAGAUGUCCCCUGGAGAUCCCCUGGGCCUUUCUAAACUUUCUGGACCUGUGGACAAGGACCGUAGGAAUAAAAAGAAGCACGAGUUAUUGGAAGAGGCCUGCCGGCAAGGUUUGCCUUUCGCCGCCUGGGAUGGGCCCACCGUUGUGUCGUGGCUGGAGCUAUGGGUUGGCAUGCCAGCCUGGUAUGUAGCUGCCUGCCGUGCCAAUGUCAAGAGCGGUGCCAUAAUGGCCAACCUGUCGGACACGGAAAUCCAGCGGGAAAUUGGCAUCAGCAACCCCUUGCACCGGCUCAAGCUGCGCCUUGCCAUUCAAGAGAUGGUUUCGCUCACCAGUCCCUCCGCCCCAGCCACGUCCCGCACGUCUACUGGAAACGUGUGGAUGACGCAUGAAGAGAUGGAAUCUCUGACGGCCACAACAAAGCCAGAGACAAAGGAAAUCAGCUGGGAGCAGAUCUUGGCUUAUGGUGACAUGAACCACGAGUGGGUAGGGAACGACUGGCUGCCGAGCCUGGGUUUGCCUCAGUACCGCAGCUACUUCAUGGAAUCCCUGGUCGAUGCCCGGAUGCUGGACCAUCUCAAUAAGAAGGAACUGCGGGGGCAGCUUAAGAUGGUAGACAGCUUUCACCGGGUGAGCCUCCAUUACGGGAUAAUGUGCCUGAAGCGUCUUAACUAUGACCGGAAAGAACUGGAACGAAGACGGGAAGAGAGUCAGAACCAAAUCAAAGAUGUAAUGGUCUGGUCCAACGAACGCGUCAUGUGCUGGGUGCAGAUGAUCGGGCUGAAAGAGUUUGCCAACAACCUGGUGGAGAGCGGGGUGCACGGGGCUCUCCUCGCCCUGGACGACACCUUUGACUGCAACGACUUGGCCCUGCUGCUUCAGAUCCCUACCCAGAACACACAGGCUAGGCAGAUCUUGGAAAAAGAAUUUGGAAACCUCAUCUCCAUGGGAACAGACCGGCGGCUGGAUGAGGACAGUGCCAAGACAUUCAGCCGUUCCCCAUCUUGGCGGAAGAUGUUCCGGGAGAAGGACCUCCGUGGUGUUAGCCCCGACUCAGCCGAGAUGCUGCCGGCCAAUUUCCGCACAGCCUCCGUGGCCUCCAUUACCUCACCCGGGGUGCAGCUUCGUAAGAUGCAGCCAGAGGGGAACUCAUUAGGUAGCCAACGGGCAGACAGUAUGUCAGUGCGAACAUACUCCUGUUAAUGCCAAGCCAAUGGAGACAAUGUCCUGGGUGUGUCUGGUCACCCUGCCUCGGACAGAAGGCCUCCCGCCGCUGCCCCACCUUCCUCAUCAUGUGCUCUGAACCAGACUGUGGGGAGCUGCUGCUGCUGCUGUCGCGGAGAAGGAAUGUGGGGGAGCACAUGGAAAUGUCGGAGAGAGCCAGAGAGCACAUUCUCUCCCCCCCCCCCCCCCCCACAAUCCCCGUCCUCCUAGCAGCAAUGGCUUGUGGCCACCGGAUGAACUCAAGGGACUAAAGCUGGAGAGGGAGCUCCUUCCCUAACUGUGCAGGGGAACUGGGGCUUCAACUCUGGUGUCUAUUUAUUGUUGUUGUUAUUCUGGGCAGGGGCGUAAGAAUGUGAAUGAAAAUAUUACACACAAACACACACCCCUGACAUCCCACUCUACCGCGGCCCGGUACGUCCGUCCCUCUCCCCUCUCCCCAAAGAGUCCAGGGCGGGGGGGUGCCAACCUUGCCUUCCUGUUGCCACGGAUUGGACCAACCGGCCUGCCUACCCUGGUAACCCACCUCGGCUCCCGCCAUCCCAAGGGUGCUAAAUAUUCCAUUGGCACUUUUGCAUUGCUGCUACCGUACCCUGAUUUCACCUCAUGAUUGCCGGAAGGGCAUUUGCUGCUCAAAAAACAUUUCCACCCCUAACCGCACCGCCCUCCCCCCUUGCCCCCUUCUCCUUGCCUUCUCUCAGCAAGGGCAGGAAGGCAGGAAGAAGAUAAGUCUGUUUUGCUCCCAACCCAGGAUAGGAAGUCAGGAGAGAAGCGCUACAUCAAGAGGACGGAGCCAGAACUCUGAAUUGGGGAUGCCUGUUAUACAUAGCCACUGCCUCCACCUCAGAAACAGCUGCAUUUUGGCACACACAAGGAACUCCCUCUUAGAAGGCUGCAGCCUUUUCCCUGUUUCUUUUCUUCUCACCAUCUUCAUGCUGGGGAUUUUCUUAAUCCCCCCUCCAAGAUGCAGCCCCACCCCCCACCCCCCACCAAGGAGAAAGAUCUGGAUUUAUGGCGUGGGAAAGUUCUGAAGAUGGAGAAGAGAAGCUGGGAGCCCCACCAGUUAGGAGUUGGGAAGUAUGUGGAGAUUUGGGGGGAGGAACCUAGGAAGGUGGUGUUUGGGGCGGGGAAGAGACCUCAUUGGCACUACAAUGCAGUCGAGUCUCCCCUCAAAAGCAGUCAUUUUCUCCAGGGGAAUCGAUUUCUGUUGUCCGGUGAUCAGUCCUAUUAGCAGAUUGGCAGUCCUACCCCCACCGUGGUGGUGAAAUUAUUCCCAGAUGGAUACAUUGCAUAUCUGGCUCAGUGGGCAGAAACUCUCCUGGCAGAAUGUGAAACAUUUGUGGUGGGGCCUCUAAAGGGGGGGCAGGGGGUAUUUUGAGCUUUGGGACGCUCAGACUAAAAGGGGGGAAAUCUUCAUUCCGGGGAUUGGCAAUACACCCUUGGACUUUUAAGAUAUGGCACACAAGACUCCUGCCCUCCAAGACAAUUGUAAUAUAAGAGUUGUAUUUUCUGUGUAUAUCUGUGCUGUGGAAUCUCGUGUAAAUUGAAUUUCUUUUUUCUUUCCGACCGCCGUUAACAAGUUCUCUGUUAAUUUAAUAAUGUAUCUGACCCCCGCCACCCACACCCUCUCCCCUGCACGCCCGUACUUUUCAUUUUUAUGUUUAUAUUUUCUGCCUUAUGUUUUUUUAAAUUUUAUUUUUCUGGGGAAGGGUGUGCUGGGGCGAGGGGCAAACCAAAGGGGGUUGUUUUGCAUGAAAGGGGGGGAGGAAAAAAUACAAUCUUGACAAAAAAAAAAUAAUUCAGGCAGAUUGUGAGGGGCAGACAGGAAGCUGAGGUACAGGCGGAGGAGAACUUCCUCCCGUGGGUUCAGCAUCCUGUUUGCCUCAAGGUGAAGGGGGCAGAAGUGGAGCGAUAGGAAAUGUUUAAAAAAAACAAAAAAGUUUGAAAACAUUGA